UUUUUUUCAUAUUACCCUGACUAGAUUAUGGCCGAGUUACGAGCAGCUGGUCUCAUCAUCUUUCGACGAAUGGCACUGGGUAUAGAAUAUUUACUGAUGCAAACCUCAUAUGGGUGUCAUCACUGGACCCCACCAAAAGGACAUGUGGAUCCUGGGGAAUCAGAUAGAGAAACUGCUUUAAGAGAAACAAAGGAAGAGGCAGGAUUAGGAAAUGAACACUUUAAAGUUAUUGAAGAUUUUAGAAAAGAAUUAAAGUAUGAAGUGAAGGGGAAACCAAAGACUGUGAUAUACUGGAUGGCUGAACUUCUUGAGCCAAGUACGCCUGUUUUAAUGUCUGAGGAGCAUCAAGAUUAUAGAUGGUUGCCUCUAACAGAAGCUUGUCAACUAUCAAAGUUCCCCGACAUGAUAGAAACACUCAAAGAGUGCGAUGAUUACCUCAAGCAGCAUGCCUAGUCAUUCCGCAGGAUCAAAGGAAAUAUGGAAGGCUGAGUUGCUGAAUAUCACAGAUUUCAAGGAGCUGAUGGAUCCAGAAGAACUUUGGAAACUAGCAUGCCAGGGAUCAAAGUUCAUAAUUUGAAGGAGAUGGUGAAUCCAAGACAACAGCACUAAGGCUUGCAUACUUGUGAUCUCAAAGCCAA